AUGCCCGCCCCGAUUACGCAGUACGAGUUCGCCCGCGCUGGCGAGAUCACCCCCGCCAUGGAGUACGUGGCGAAGCGUGAGCGGCUGUCCGCCGAGACAAUCCGCGACGAGGUCGCCCGUGGUCGGAUGGUGAUCCCCGCCAACACCGUGCACCUCGCCGGCGCGCUCGAGCCGAUGGCGAUCGGCGUCGGCGCCAAGUGCAAGGUGAACGCCAACAUCGGCAACUCGGCCGUCACCAGCGACAUCGACGGUGAGCUCGAGAAGCUCCAUACGGCGGUGCACUUCGGCGCCGACACCGUGAUGGACCUCUCGACUGGCAAGAACAUCGACGGGAUCCGCAAGGCGAUAAUCGGCGCGUCGCCCGUCCCGAUCGGGACGGUGCCGAUCUACCAGAUGCUCGAAGAGCUCGGCGGCGACAUCGAGGACAUGACCGCUCAGCACUUCCUCGACAUGGUCGAGCACCAGGCCAAGCAGGGCGUCGAUUACAUGACCGUUCACUGCGGCGUGAUGCUCGAGCACUUGCACCUAGCGAUGAACCGGGUGACGGGCAUCGUCAGCCGCGGCGGCUCGCUGAUCGCCAAGUGGAUGAUGGCCCACCGCCAGCAGAACCCGCUCUACGAGGCGUUCGACGACCUCUGCGACAUCAUGCGUCAGUACGACGUGACGUGGAGCCUCGGCGACGGACUGCGUCCCGGCUCAAUCGCAGACGCCUCGGACGCCGCGCAGUUCGCUGAACUCGACGUGCUCGGUGAGCUCACCAAGCGCGGCCGCGAACGUGGCACGCAGGUCAUGGUCGAGGGCCCGGGGCACAUCCCGCUCGACCAGAUCCAGAUGAACAUGGAGCGGCAGGCCGAGGUCUGCGACGGCGCGCCGUUCUACGUGCUCGGCCCGCUGGUGACCGACAUUGCGCCGGGCUACGAGCACCUCGGCCUUCCUGAGAAAGAAGACGUUAAGCAGGGCAUGAUCGCCUACAAGAUCGCCGCCCACGCAGCCGACGUCGCCCGCAAGCGCCCCGGCGCCCAGGACCGUGACGACGCGCUGUCGAAAGCGCGGUUUGAGUUCGACUGGAACGAGCAGUUCCGUCUGGCGCUCGACCCCGAGACGGCCCGCGCGUACCACGACCAAACGCUGCCGCAAGACACCUUCAAGAGCGCCCACUUCUGCAGCAUGUGCGGGCCGAAGUACUGCUCGAUGAAGAUCACGCAGGACAUCCAGAAGAUGGCGGCCGACGGCGAGCUCGUGCAACUCGCCGCGCCCGCCACGGCGGAUGAGUCGAACAUGAAACGCCAUCUCGUUUGGCUGGUAAUGGCGGCCAUCGGUUGCGGCGGCGCCCCGUCAUCGAGCGUCACCACCUCAGGCACCUCGGAGAUGACCACGAGCGUGGUCUUCAACGCCGAGGACGCGCCCGUCGUUGAGUUCGAAGCGCCCGUCAUGCACUGCGAGGCCUGCGCCGCGACGAUCGUCGAAGCGUUGAAGAACAAGCCGGGCGUCGUCGACGCCAAGGCGGACCCCGAGUCAAAGAUCGUCACGGUCGCGGUCGAGGAAGCGUCCUUCGAUCCGCAGACAGUGAUCGCCGCGAUCGAAGACGCCGGCUACGGCGAGGCGACGCUGGUCGAAGAGGUCGCGCCGAUCGAAGGUGAAAAGCCGGCGGACAACGCGGGCUGA